CCGGAGAGAGAGAUCAAAGGGAUUUGAACCAGACUGAGCCCGGGCGGGGGGAGGGGCCGGCCAGCCUGUGGAGCCCUCCCGGGAAGAGGCCGGCGAGGGCCCGACUGCCACCGUGACUUCAGCGGCCUGCUCGGGCUUUUUAUUAUUUUUCCGAUUUCUGAAUCCAGCCGGAGAGAGAGAGCGUCAGAUCUCCGUGGACUGCGCCUGGCUAGCUCUGGCUCCGAGAUGAUGCAGAGCGCGGCUGUCCCCGCCGAGGCGGCCGUCAAGGGGCUCCCGGAGAUGCUCGGUGUGCCGAUGCAACAGAUCCCCCAGUGUGCUGGCUGCAACCAGCAUAUCUUGGACAAGUUCAUCCUCAAGGUCCUGGACAGACACUGGCACAGCUCCUGCCUCAAGUGCGCAGACUGCCAGAUGCAGCUGGCCGACAGGUGCUUCUCCAGGGCCGGGAGUGUCUACUGCAAGGAGGACUUCUUCAAGCGCUUCGGCACGAAAUGCACGGCGUGCCAGCAGGGCAUCCCCCCGACCCAGGUGGUCCGCAAGGCGCAGGACUUCGUGUACCACCUGCAUUGCUUCGCCUGCAUCAUCUGCAGCCGGCAGCUGGCCACGGGUGACGAGUUCUACCUCCUGGAGGAUGGGCGGCUGGUGUGCAAGGAAGACUACGAGACGGCCAAGCAGAACGACGACUCCGAGACUGGGGCUAAGCGGCCACGCACCACCAUCACGGCCAAGCAGCUGGAGACGCUCAAGAACGCCUACAAGAACUCCCCAAAGCCUGCCCGGCACGUGCGUGAGCAGCUGUCCUCCGAGACUGGCCUGGACAUGAGGGUCGUGCAGGUCUGGUUUCAGAACCGCCGUGCCAAGGAGAAGCGACUCAAGAAGGACGCGGGACGGCACCGCUGGGGGCAGUUCUACAAGAGCGUCAAAAGGAGCCGGGCAGGCAGCAAGCAAGAAAAGGAGAGCUCGGCGGAGGACUGUGGGGUUAGUGACAGUGAGCUGAGUUUCCGAGAGGAUCAAAUUCUCUCAGAACUUGGCCACACCAAUAGGAUUUAUGGCAACGUGGGGGACGUUACAGGCGGACAGUUAAUGACUGGGAACUUCUCCAUGGACGGGACGGGACAGUCCUAUCAGGACAUGGGGGACGGGAGCCCCUACGGGAUCCCCCAGUCUCCGUCCUCCAUAUCGUCCCUGCCCGCCCACGCUCCUUUGCUCCACGGGCUGGAUUACGCAGUGGACAGUAAUCUGGGCAUCCUGGCACACGCGGGGCAGGGCGUCAACCACGCGCUGAGAGCCAUGGCUGGGGGACCCACCUCUGAUAUCUCCACUGGAAGCAGUGUAGGCUACCCUGACUUUCCCACCAGCCCAGCCUCUUGGCUAGAUGAAAUGGACCAUCCUCCUUUCUAAUCUCUCCUCCCCAUCCUCCCUGGCUGGGGGGCUCGAGAGAGAAACGUCUUCAAGGAUCGAACGAGAAUGACUUGCCUUUUCGGGAUCAGACGUGCGCCAGUGGCAAGUUCCAUUAUUUUCAAUGGAAGCGCUCCGCCGAGUCCCAGAAGAGCCUGCUAGGGUCUUGCUUUCUC